UAAUUCUAUCUUCUGGAUUGCAGCCUCUUGCUCGAAUGGGUGCUACGGUUACUGCAAUUGAUGCUGUUGACAAGAAUAUAAAGAUUGCAAGUAUUCAUGCGGCAUCUGAUCCAACAAGUGCUUCGAUUGAGUAUUGUUGUGCAACAGCUGAGGGACUGGUAAAAGAGAAAAGGUUGUUUGAUGCUGUAAUUUCUCUUGAGGUGAUUGAGCAUGUCGCCAAUCCUUUGGAGUUCUGUGAAUCCCUCUCGGCUUUGACAAUUCCUAAUGGUGCCACUGUGAUUUCCACAAUCAACCGAUCAAUGCGAGCAUAUGCCACUGCAAUAGUUGCUGCUGAGUAUAUCCUCAGAUGGCUUCCUAGAGGCACACAUGAGUGGUCCAAACUGGUUACCCCGGAGGAGCUUGUCCUAAUGCUGCAAAAGGCUUCCGUCUCCGUCGAAGAGAUGGCAGGGUUCGUUUACAAUCCGUUGAGCGGAGAAUGGUCCCUGUCAGAUGAUAUCAGUGUGAACUACAUUGCUUUUGGCGUCAAGAAGGGCGAGGCAUCAUCGACAAAUGACAGAGAAGCAAAUUUAUCAUAGCUGAAGAAAAACACGUGACCUUGAAUUGUCGGGCAUCAUUUUCAGAGGACCAAUUCAUGUCACUGAAAUCUUACUGCUAAGGAUGCAACCAAGUAGCAGAAGAUAAUUCUCUUGCUCUUUUUAGUCUUGGAAACUGGAGCUUGUGGAGUGAGGCU